UUUCGUAGCACCUUGACGACAAGGAGCUCUUUUUUGACGUUGCUGUGUGAUUCCGCAGAUCGUUUUUAACAAAAAUCCAUAAAAAUGGGUCGUAUGCACGCACCUGGAAAGGGUAUUGCCCAAUCUGCCCUGCCGUACAGACGCAGUGUACCAACUUGGCUUAAAGUAACACCGGAAGAGGUCAAGGAACACAUCGUGAAACUUGGCAAGAAAGGCCUUACCCCUUCUCAAAUUGGUGUAAUUCUCAGGGAUUCAUAUGGAGUAGCCCAAGUUCGUUUUGUCAGCGGUAACAAAAUUCUGCGUUUGAUGAAAGCUAUGGGUCUUGCCCCCGAUCUACCUGAAGAUCUUUACUAUUUGAUCAAAAAGGCUGUAGCUAUCCGUAAACAUUUGGAAAGAAACAGGAAGGACAAAGACAGCAAGUUCCGUCUCAUUUUGGUCGAAUCGCGUAUCCACCGUUUGGCUAGAUACUACAAAACCAAGACCGUUUUGGCACCAAACUGGAAAUACGAAUCCAGCACUGCAUCUGCUUUGGUGGCUUAAGUGAGGUGAUUAAAAUUUCGUUAUAAAAAUUUAAUACAAAAAAAAUUUAAAAGAUCACAAAUGUGUUUUAAUUUAUUAUUGAAAAUAUAGAACCCAAGUCAAAAAUUUAGUAACCAUGUUGGCAACACAAGCCUUUUCAACAUGAAAAAUUUGAAAGCAUCGACAAUUUUACAUUGUAUUGCCAACAUAAUGUCAUUUUGACUUUUAUCUUUAAAAAAAAAAACAGACUUUACUAAGAUGUUUAACUAAAUAUUUUUCUGAAUCAAAGUAAAAAUA